GUAUGGCUUUGGUAUUUUGAUGUACAGGUUUGGAUCUAAGAAGGCUUUACUUGAAGAUUUUGCUUCUACAGAAUUGACAGAUUGCGGUGUUGUGUCCACACUAGCUGAAAUUCUUUGGGAACAGCAGCUAAAGACCAUACGUAUAUCUUCUACCGGGAGGACAUCUAAUGUUCAAAAACCUUCCAGUUUCCAAUCCAUGGAAGAUCUUCUUGCAUUCUUAGAUGAUGGUACUGAUGCAAAGGAAAAUGAUUGCUUUGUCUAUGUUUUUAUUCACAAUAUUAAUGGACCUGGUUUGCGAGACAGUGAAUCACAACAUUAUCUUGCUCUGCUUGCAAACUGUUCCAAUAUUCGUGUGGUUGCAUCAAUAAAUCAUGUCAAUACAGUUCUAU